AUGUCUAAGAAGGACACUUUCGGUGAUAUGAGGGACUAUAUGGCCCCUUCGCUUUUCCAGCCUCACAGGGCAAGGGAUGCAAUCAGAGACGCCCAUUCGAAGAAGAUUUCGCUUAUGGUUGGCUAUUUCGCCGGCCUAGCCUCCAUUCCAAUCACGCGAUUGUUAGCACCUCUAGGAUUCGAUUGGGUGUGGUUUGACUGGGAACACUCGUCUUGCAAUGUGGAGACCAUGACCACCAUGGUCCAUGAGAUGGCGUUUAUGAGCGGCGGCCGUACGAUACCAUUUGUCCGGGUCCCAGGACAUGACCAUGCCGCGAUUGGCUACGCCAUGGACGCUGGCGCAUCCCUUAUCAUCCCACAGGUUGACACAGUGGAACAAGCAAGGAGCAUUAUGAGUGCCACUAAAUUCGGGACAAAAGAGCGUGGCUCACGAUCGGCUCCCCCUUACCGGCUUAUGCCUGGCCUUACAGACACACCUUUCAACUCACAGAAGGACAUGUGGCGAAACUGGAAUGACCAAGCGGCUGUCAUCAUACAGAUCGAGUCCCUACAGGGGAUUGAUAAUCUGGACGCAAUUUUAACAGAAGUCCCCGAAAUCGACGGGGUGUGGCUUGGGAUGCUAGACGCCCGCAUCAGCAUGAAUAUGCCUUCGGGAUUCGGAGUUCAGUGUGAUGAGCCAGAAUGGCUAGCAGCUGUGGAAAAAUUUCAUUCAACACUCAAGAAACAUGACAAACCUUAUGCUGGAUUUGCUUUUGCAAAGGGUGAAGAGCUGCGUAAUGCCACCGAGAGCAUGUCUAUGUGUGUGAUUACAUCAGAUGUCCCGAAGCUCAUGGAGAUGGGCGGGCAGCUGGCCGAGGCAAAGUCUGCGCUGGCACAUGAUCAUACGCUCUCGAGUCCCUAG